AUGGCGUUAGAUAACACAUCAUCAGCAUCUAACCCCAAUAUGAGUACCGGGGGUAGUUCUGGACCCAAUGGUGGCGCAAAUGGGGCAGAUACUACUGGUUCAUCUGGCCACUAUUAUGAAGACCACAAUAGUUAUCUGAAUGGAUACCGUGGCUCUUAUCGUGGUCAUGGAAGGUAUAGAGAUAGUACAUCGUAUAGAGGACGCGGAAGUGGAAGUGGAAGUGGAAGCGGAAAUAGGGGAGGAGCAAGCAGUGAUGGUUAUUAUAGAGGGUACUAUGGAGGUGAGAGGCGAGGUGGAUAUCAGGCACGCAGUGGAAGAUAUGGAUCUGGGUAUUAUGGUGGAAGAGAAGGUGGACGAGGUGGUUAUGGUUCAUAUAGUAAUAAUCGAGAGAGCUAUACACCUCCUGAUCAUCGUGGUAGUGACCCAUCUCCAGAAGUUCCACAUGACGCAACUCCAGCUGAAGAAGUAAUACAUGGUGGAGAAGGAGAAGAAGCUAGAGGUGCCAGUGCUGGAUACCAUGAAAGUUCCGGUGCUUAUAGAGGACACAGAGUAAGUUAUCGAGGUAGAGGUAGUUUCCGUGGUGGAUCCGGUGGAUAUCAUUACGAUUCCAAGUAUUCAGCAAAUGAAGCCAAAGGUGGCACUCCCCGUCAUUAUAAGGAUACUAUUGUCAAUGACAAAUUAAAAACAUUCAAGAAUCCAUGGAUUAAUAUCAUGGGUAUUCAAGAUGAAACCACUCAAACCAAAUUGGAAAGCAGAUUUAAUGACUUGUCAAAAGUUGAUAAAGAGAUUAUCAAUUUACAAAAGGCAAAGUUGAAAUUAGAAAGUGAUGUUUCAAAUUUGGAUAAACAAGCUGCAAGAGAGGAACUACAUGUUCAAUUAACUACUGAAAAACUAGAAGAGUUUACCUAUCUCUGA